GGUUUAUAUUGUGAAUCUUUGAUAUUGACGAUUAUCGGUGCAGAAGUGUUAUUUGCACGUUGUGAAUUCCGUUCACUUCGUCACUGCAAAUCCAUAAUGUCCUUUCUUGCCCAGCUUUGCCUCAUAAGUUUCUUGCCUGCGUCAGUUCAGUCGUUCAGGCAAUAUUUCACCCACUCGAUGAUGUCUGUUACUUCAUGUUCUUCACCGUCCAAGACAUCAAUCAACUAAAAAACAAGAAUCUCGGUCUUGCGAGAAGCAAAGUUGGUAUCGACAUACCGAGCUCAAAAGCCAACGCUAAUCAGGACAAACUUGAAAAUUCCAUCGCAGCGUACUGGCCAAAGAUCAGAGACUUCGCUGUCCUGGACAUGGAAGUCCGUCCAAGUGUUUCAACUCAUGUCAGUCAUGUCCAAGCAUUUCUAACAGAAACGGACAGACUUCUAAAUAUCCAUAUGAGAGCAGAACCAACGCCAAGGAGGAACUUUGGCUACGUGCUUCUAGGUGUGGCCAUACUCCGGGGAAGCCAACAACCAAUCACCCUCAUGGCUAACUUCAAUCAACUUGUACAGGCUACAGGACCGUCACCCUGGCAGGGACCUGGCAUGCCGUCUAUGCAGUCAUCAUUCGUUGAGUCGUUGUCAUUCAGGCAUGUGACUGGGUUCCAUCCGCUGCCUUUGAAAACAGCGGAAUUGCUCUCUUUUAGCGCUGCGGCCCUCAUAACUGCCUACACGGAUCCUUAUACACCACUCACAGCUCCAUGCCGGAGUGUCACCCAGGCGAAUCCAAAAGAAUUGGUGUGCCAAAAUGGACGAUAUCAUGAUAUAGUGACCAACCGUAAUAUGUACCUUGAAACCGACACCAUCCGAUUCGACGAAUGGGGCGGCACGUUUGACACCACUAUCAUAGUAGCGUACGACUCGGAUUGCACUAUGUCGACAAAG